AUGGCAGCCAUAGCAACGGCGGCGGCUUAUAAACAAGAGCACAUGUGUCGGCCAUGCAUUGACGUUGACAGACACAGCGUGGCUCCUGUUCGCGGAUCUGCGAAACUCGAAUUCAACGAAAAACUUAUUCACGAGGUGGAAAAGCGGAAGCCACUGUGGGAAGUGUGUUCGGCGCAGUAUAAAAACGCAACGUUAAAGCAUCACCUCUGGAAUGAGGUAGCCGCUGUGCUGGAGGUACCCGUUGAUGACUGUCGCAAACGGUGCGAGGGCCUCCGCGAUACCUUCAAGCGUCAUUUUAAGACGUUCAAAACGAGCGGGCGCAGUGGAGACGGUGCCGACGAUGCAGUGGCCAUCACAUGGCCAUUUUUCAAAACCUUGUUAUUUUUGAAAGAUUCUGUAGAACUGCGAAGAGGCAGCGGAAAUUGUCCAGCCCCAGAAGCACAGACACUGCAGCUGGACUUCACACAGCCACAGAUGACCCCCGAUCCCAGCUCUUCUGUGUCUGCUGCUGAGACAAUAUUCAGGGAAAUUCAUACAGCCGAGUUCAUGAAUAGGCCUAGGCUCAAACGAGUGGAGGAAAGUGCAGCUCCUCCACCUGAAGGGCCCUAG